UUGAGAAUCCCGCGCGAGAAUUUCACAACUUCUCCAAUUACACCUCCAUCCCCAAAUCUUCCACUACCCUUUCAUGCAAUUCAUAACUCAACUCUAUCAAAAACCAACAAUGGACGAAAAAGACUCAUUAGCAGAGAGCGUACCCCACACGCGCUCUUCAAAAUCAUCUCCACCACCUCUUUCCCCUGUCGCCGACGAUGAAAAACGCGUCUCCGGUCUCAGCACAAUUCUCGUUGCUUCAAUUCAAGAAGCCAAAGACAAAAUCUCUCAACUCGAGUACGUUUUCUGCUCUCAACUCUACCCUCAUUUUCAAUCCACUUCGAAAAAAUCCGACGCAAAACGGCGCCGUAUCGUCGAACUCGAGCGCGAGGUCGACGAAGGUAUGUUGCUUCAAAAAAACCUCGUGGAUCUAAUUCGUACCAAAGAAUCGUUACUGAAAGCGUGCGAAGAGAAGGGAAAAGCAGCGAUAUCGAAAUUGGAGAAUUGUGAGAGUGAAAACGUGAAGCUGUUGAGGAAAAUUGUUGAUUUGGAAGAGAGAUUGGGAGUGAAAAUUAAAGAUGUUGAGGAUUUGGAACUGAGGAGUGUUGAAAAUGAGGGUUUGUGUAAGAGGCUCUCUGAACAAGUUGAAUUGUUGACGUGUGAGGUUCGGGAUGAGAAAUUGAAGAGAAAUCGGUUGAAUGAAGCGUAUAAGAGACUUAAAUCUCAACAUAUUUACCUUCGGCAAAAGGUUGGUCUCAAUGAGGAAAACAUGCUUCGUGAAAUUAAAUUUGAGAAUGAGAGUGAUUUGGCCAAGCAUCAAAGUCCAAUCACAGAAGCAGGUGUUGCAUUUGAAGACCGUAAUAUAGCUACGGGUGCUUGUAUAAAUACUAAAGUGAAGUGUGAAAUCCUAGAGGAAGAUUUUGAAGGCCUUGAGAACAGAACUCCUGAAGUUUUUGUUGCUGUGCGUGACACAAAUGAAGUGAAGAAGAAGGCAUUGGAGGAUGACAAAGGAGCCAAUUUGUGCCCUCCUUUUCCAAGUUUCCAUGAUGUCCAAAAAUGUCCACCCAGUACAAAAUUAGUCUCCGUGUCUGGUACAAAGCGGCCUGCACCUCCUGAAGUUUUUGUUGCUGUGCGUGACACAAAUGAAGUGAAGAAGGCAUUGGAGGAUGACAAAGGAGCCAAUAUGUGCCCUCCUUCUUCUUCAAGUUUCCAUGGUGUCCAAAAAUGUCCACCCAGUACAAAGUUAGUCUCCGUGUCUGGUACAAAGCGGCCAGCACCUUCCUGGAGACAAACCCGGUCUCAUCAAAGUCGAGCCGGUAAUGACCUUCACGAUGACUUUCUUGAUACUCCUCUUGAAAAUAUUAGAGAUAAUUUAUAUAAGGAUUUGAAUAAGGAAGAUCUCCCACAACCAAUUCAAAACGACAUUAGCAUGAACAGCUCAGAUGAUGAAACACAGGAUUUGAAUGCCAAAAGCAGUCCCCAGAAGAAGCAAUCUUCGAUUACAGUGACCAAUAAAAGGAGUUUCAAGUACAUUGAGCCAGUGAGAAAGAAGGCUGAACGUGAAAAUUUAAAAGGAGUUGACUGCAAACAAUGUAGGAAGUUCUACGAAGCUGUUCUUCCUAAUGCAGACGGCAAGGACCCUGAUGGCAAUAAGCAGAAUAUUCGUUGUGAGCAUCAUGAUGGUGUUUCCAGGCAUCGUUAUAGACAGGAGAGUCAGCCUCUGAUAAAGCCCCUCAAAGUUUGCGAUAUGAUUUUCUGUUUUGGCCAUGCUGGUGCAUGAAAGCAAAACACUUAAAAAAUUGAAAAAUUGAAAACUGUUAUUGCAGCAUAAGUUGUGAAUGAUUUACCAAGCUUCACAACUUAAUCCUGUACUUGCACGGUGCUGCAGAUUCAGUUCCCUUUUUUUCUUUCCCUCUAAAUUAAAGUACUCCAUAUUUGUUGA